CGCCAGAGAGAGAGUGAGAAAGACAGAGAGAGAGAGAGAGAGAGAGAGAGAGAGAGAGCGAGCCGACACGACACGCGCCGCUCCGACAAACUUUUCCUCCUCGCCGACAACUUUCAGUGUCAAGACGGGUCGACGUCGUCGGCGGAGAGCCACCGAACAACAACGACAAAAUAUCGAUGCCAUGGACUAAUCGGAAACCUUUUCGUCUGCACUCGGACACUUUCCACCGAAGUUUCUUUCUUUCUUUCGUGUGUGUGUGUGUGUGUGUGCGUGUAUGUCUUUUUGAUGUGAGAUCAUGAGCGCACAUCGGAAUAAUGGCCUCUUCAUGCCUUUGUGUCAUUUAAUCAAUCAGCCCCGAUGGAGCCGGUUACGUCUGUGGAAGUGUGUGUGUGUGUGUGUGUGCGCGCGCGCGCUCUGAUCGGUGGUAGUUAUUGAUCAUCGACGGGGUGAUUAUUGGCUCACGCGGACAUGGAUCUCCAGGUGAUCGUGUGGCUCUGCUACUGCUUCCUGCUGCCCGCCGUGCUGCUGACAGCUUGUCUCCUGCGCUACAACAUCCUGUCCCUGGUUUAUUUCCUCUACCUGCUGCUGCUGCCCUGGUUCCUGUGUCCCAACAAACACACAAUCAGAGGUCACACUGGUCGUUUUAUCAGAGCAGUAUUCUGUACCAGUCUACUAUUUGUACUGGCCCACAUCUGCUUCCAGACAGUCCUGUACACGUAUCCUCCUCUCAACAUUGGGAUCGGUGAUAACUGUUCACAAUGGGACGCCAUCACCAGCCAUAUAGGGGUAUCCAGGCUUCCCCUGGACGACCUUUGGAGUGUGCUACGCCUCCUGUGUCCCGACCUGGGCGUGUGCGUCGUUUCCUUGGUCACGGUCAUCCUCUGCAGCAGAUUGGUCAGGAACAGGGAAAUGGUGGCGGCUGCCAAUAUCACAUCGCUAGAAGAUGAUCCAACAGAUGCAAACGCAGAAGGCGAAGAUGAUGCUGAAGAUGAGGAAGAGGAGCAGGAGGAGGAGGUGGAAGUGGAAGAAGAGACAUCGGGAAAUGAAGACGAUGAAGAGAGGUCAUUACCCGCCGAGGAGGUUUCCACGGCGACCAGAGCCAAGCAGAUGCCCGAACGUCUGAAGGUCAUCGCUCGGAAAGUUCUGCGGGACCUGGGGAGGAUCUUGGCCAUCAGCUUGCUGGCUCUGGCUGGCAUCACUCUGCCCUCUGCCUUCUCAGCCGUCUACUUCCUGCUUUUCAUCGGCGUGUGCACGUGGUGGGCGUACAACCUUCCCAUCAGUCACCUGGGUUUCAAUGCACUGUGUGUGAUGGUGGGCUUCUUCACUGCCGGCCACAUGGUGUGUCUGUACUUGUACCAGAGCCUGCUGGCCCAGGCCCUGUUCCCCCCGCACAGUCUGUGGGCCAGACUCUUUGGUCUGAAGGACAUCAUCAUACCAGGAAACUGCUCCUCGCCCUAUGAACUCAACCUCAAUGCCGACUACGAUUGGCCGGUUUAUGUCAACCCAGGGAUACUGUUCCUCCUCUACAUCACCAUAGUAACUGUUCUCAAGACAGGACGUCAUGGAACACCUAACCAGGUUGACGGGCAGCAGCAGCAGCAGCAGCAGGAGGAGGAGGAGAAGAAAGGGGAAGAGCUGAAGCUGGACGAACUGGAGCUGAGGUCGUGGAAUCAGCAGAAAGAAAACUACGAAGAGGAGACUCAGCUCAUGCUCCUGUCAGGAGGCAGCCGAGGAGGAACCGUGGGUGAAGAGAGUCAGCCAGACUUGGGUGACCUGGAGCAGGAAACUGGUGUUAGCGGCGUCCCCAGUGGCCAGCAGAGCGAAAGUCCCUUCUUCCUGCUGGGGAAGGUGGUGAUGCAGCAGAGCUACGUCUGUGCUCUCAUAGCCAUGAUGGUUUGGAGCAUCACGUACCACAGCUGGCUGACCUUCGUGCUGCUGCUGUGGGCCUGUCUCAUCUGGAUCCUGCGUGCCAGGCGGCAUGCAGCCACUCUGUGCUCCCCGUUCAUCCUGCUCUACGGCCUGGCUUUGUGCUGUCUGCAGUACGUCUGGGCCAUGGAGCUUCAGCCCGAACUGCCCACCACGGUGGGGACCAUGAGCCUCAGGCAGCUGGGACUGGACAGAGCCCAGUACCCCUGUCUACGACUGGGAGCGAUGCUUCUGUUCACUCUAACUUUCUGGCUGUUGGUGCGUCAGUCGGUGAAGGAAAACUUCAGCAGGAAGAGGAAAAUGGCCACACCACUACAGGAAGUCACUACAGGAGCAGAGGAGGCCGGUAGCGAAUCCGUGCUGAGGGUCCUGGGCGGCAUGGUGAUGAGCUGCUACGCCAAAUACUGGAUCUACGUGUGCGGGGGGAUGUUCAUCAUGGUCUCCUUCGCCGGAAAACUCGUCGGAUACAAGAUCAUCUACAUGCUGCUGUUCCUGCUCUGCCUGUGUCUCUAUCAGGUGUACUAUUCUCUGUGGAGGCGUCUGCUGAAGCUCUUCUGGUGGCUGGUUGUGGCCUACACCAUGCUGGUGCUCAUCUCCAUCUACACUUACCAGUUUGAAGACUUCCCUGGAUACUGGAGAAACUUUACUGGCUUCACGGAAGAACAGCUGGCGGCCAUCGGUCUGGAGACGUUCGCUCUGUCCGAGCUCUUCUCCAGUAUUCUGAUCCCCGGCUUCUUCCUGCUCGCCUGUAUCCUGCAGCUGCACUACUUCCACAAGCCCUUCAUGAGAAUCACCAACCUGGAGCAUGUGACGCCGAUACACAAGAAGAAGAGCAGCGAAAGGACGGAGCCAGUUGGCCCCGGCAACGAGGGGGUGAACUUUGAGGAGGACGACCUGGCGACUACCAUGGAUGAGGAAUCUGAAGACGAAGAGGAGCUGGGGCCCAGUAAGUGGGGUCUGGUGAUGGACAGAUUGCUGGUGCUGUCCAGGAGAUUCUACGACAACCUGACCAAAGUUCAAGUGUUUCUCUGGAGGCUCCUGGAGCUCCACAUCCUCAAGAUGGUGGCCUUCUUCUCCGUGUGGGUGGCCCUUGAAGAGCCGUCCGUGAUGAACCUGGUGCUGGUGGUGCUGUGGUCUCUGGCGAUGCCCUACGGCCGCUUCAGGCCCAUGGCCUCCUGCCUGUCCACGGUCUGGGUGUGUGUCAUCAUCGUGUGCAAGAUGCUCUACCAGCUCAGCGUCGUCAACCCCAUCGAGUACUCCAGUAACUGUAGCCUGCCUUUGAUAAAUCAAACCAACCUGUUGCCAGAGGAGAUGGUGAACUCCUCUCUGUAUAAGGAUCCAGUGGAUCCAGCCAACUGGUUUGGCAUCCGGAAAGACGCCACCGUACUGGGAUACAGCAAGAACCAUUUAAUAGUGUUGAUGCUGUUGGUGUUUGAGGCGACAGUGUACCGGCACCAGGCUCAUCACUACCGUCAGCUCCAGCGAUCUCCGCCCACCAUUCCGGCCCUGUUCCCCGCCGCCACCAGAGACACUCUGGACCAGGGCCUCCUGUCCUGCAUCAAGUACCUGCUCAACUACACCUUCUACAAGUUUGGAUUGGAGAUUUGCUUCCUGAUGACGGUGAAUGUGAUUGGCCAGCGGAUGAACUUCCUGGUGAUAAUCCAUGGCUGCUGGUUGGUUGCCAUCCUGGUGAAGCGGCGGCGCGCAGCCAUUGCCGGGAUCUGGCCCCGAUACUGUCUCUUCCUGUCCGUGUUCAUGAUCUACCAGUACCUGCUGUGUGUGGGCAUGCCGCCCGCUCUCUGUAUAGACUACCCAUGGCGUUGGAACACUCCAGUGUUGAUGAACUCCGCGCUCAUCAAAUGGAUCUUUCUGCCGGACUUCUUCACCGUGCCGAACUCCAAAAACCUCAUAGCGGACUUUGUGCUGCUGAUAUGUGCGUCGCAGCAGUGGAAGGUGUUUGAGUGUGAGCACACGGAGGAGUGGAUGGUUCCGGCGGGAGAGAACAAAGACGACCCCGAGCCGAUGGAAGGUCGACUGUUUAACCCUGCACCCAACUUCAUCAACUGCAGGAGUUACCUGGACAUGGCGAAGGUUUUGGUGUUUCGCUACCUCUUCUGGUUUGUGCUGUCGGUGGUCUUCGUCACCGGGGCCACCAGGAUCUCCGUGUUCGGACUGGGCUACCUGCUCGCCUGCUUCUUUUUCCUGCUGUUCGGAACCCAGCUGCUGGUCAAACCCUCCAGGACCCGCCUCGCCCUGUGGGACUGUCUCAUCAUCUACAACGUGGCAGUUAUCAUAUCUAAAAAUAUGUUAUCGAUCCUGGCGUGUGUGUUUGUAUUUGAGAUGCAGAAGGGCUUCUGUUGGGUGAUUCAGCUCUUCAGCCUGGUUUGCACCGUCAAAGGAUAUUAUGACCCGAAAGCGGUGAGCGAUAAGACCUGCAGCCUUCCGGUGGAGGAGGCCGGCAUCAUGUGGGACAGUAUCUGCUUUCUCUGCCUGUUGCUGCAGAGGCGGGUCUUCCUCAGUUUCUACUUCCUGCACGUGACCGCAGAGCUGCAGGCUUCUGCCAAACAGGCCUCAAGGGGGUUUGAGCUCUUCAGAGCCAGUAUCGUGAAGAACAUUAAGUUUCACCAACAAGCUGAGAAGAAGUCUCUGUCACAGCUCAAGAGAUCGAUGCAGAGGAUUCGCUCCAAGCAGCAGAAGUACAGAGAAGGACACAAAACAAGUGAAGACGCCAACGAGAGUCCGACGGCUGAGACGCAGUCAGAGAAGAAGAAGUCCAAGAAGAAGGAGUGGCACCGGCCGUGGCUGGACCACGCUACAGUGCUCCACUCAGGAGAGUACUACCUGUUUGAAUCAGACAGUGAGGAUGAGGAGGAUCUGCAGUCUGAAGAACAGAAGCCGCAGAAACAGACGGCUUGUCAGUUGGCGUACCAGGCGUGGGUGACCAGUGUGAAAGCGGCUCUGAGAGACCGCCAGAGGCGCCAGCGACAGUUGCGGAGGAUGGAGAGGAAAGAGAAAGAGAGACAACAAAGACUGGACUCACAGCAACAGGCGGCUUUCUCCGCGAUAGGUGUAGGUUCUGGGGACGAUGUGUUCGAGGACCCCGUGGUUCAGGGGGAGGUGGCGGAGGAACAGGAGUCUGGUCACGGCGAGAUGGUCCAGAGGAUCUUGGACAUCCUGCGCUUCCUGUGGGCCAUCGUUUUGGCCAUGGUGGACGGGCUGGUUCAGUGGCUCAACCUGCUGACCAAGCAGUACAGAGAGACGUCCACCGUUCUCUGCAACGAGCGCUACUUCAUCAUACACAAGAUACAGCAGCAUCACACGACGGCGGACUCCACCGACGACCAGCUGUCGAUGGACAGCGACAGUCCCACGCUGGAGAGCUGUUUGGACGAGACGGAUGCGGAAAACUUCACCGGAUACAGCUUCCUGGAGGUGGACAGCAGCCGCGUGUCGGGCCGGUGCACCCCCAGGCCGAGGCGCCACAGCACGGGGAAUCUGUUGAGUCCUGAACCCCCAUCCAGCAGCAGCAUGGAGCUGCUACCAGAGUCGUCCAAGCAGCAGCACAGAUACUCCAGAACGGCCAGCGAGCUGCUGGGAGACAGGCAGUUCUUCAUCGAGGAGCUGGAACAGAGCCGGGAGUUCUACACCGACCAGAACCGCCUGCUGAAGCUGCUGUUCGCCAUGCACAACCUGCUGGCGGCCAACUCGGAGCUCGUCUGCUAUUUCAUCAUAGUGCUGAACAACGUGGCCAGUGCCUCGGUGAUUUCGCUGGUGCUGCCCAUCCUGGUGUUCCUGUGGGCGAUGCUGGCCGUUCCCAGACCAACCAAGAAGUUCUGGAUGACCGCUAUAGUCUACACAGAGGUGAUGGUGUUGGUGAAGUACCUGUUCCAGUUUGGAUUCUUCCCCUGGAACAGUGUUUAUGAGAUGACUCUGAACGAAGACAAGCCUUUCUUCCCGCCCCGCAUCCUGGGCCUGGAGAAGACCGACAACUACAUCAAAUACGACCUCCUGCAGCUGCUGGUUCUGUUCUUCCACAGAUCCCUGCUCAUGCGGUAUGGUCUCUGGGACCACGAGGGCCCCCUGGAGGAGCAGAGCCCCUCACCAGAAAGUUGUAAGGAUGAAGGAAAAACUGGUGCUGAAGGAGAUGAAGAUGGAAGGAGGCAGGAGGGAGGAGGAGGAGGAGGAGAAGAGGAGGAAGAAGGCAGAGUUACAUCCACAUCCACCUUGGACAACCUGGAAGUGACCCAACAGGACCAGUUUGAAAAGGGAAGUGUGGACAGCGUUGAACUGAACGCCAGCUUUGCUGCUGCUGCCACACCACAAGUCUCUGAGGCGGAACCAGCAGCACCCGUCGGGUCAAAGGAUGAACAGGACGCGCCGGAGCCUCCCAGCACACCGACUGGGGAGGGAGACGACGAGCGGGCGAUCGAGGAGGCCCCAAAGAAAAGCAGCAGCAUCCGCUUCCGCAGGAAAAGUAAACAAGCCAAGCAGCAGCGCGGCAAAGGUUUGAAUUCCUCCUCGGUCCCAGUUCCGCCCGUCCCGGUGGAGCCCGCGGCCGAGAGCCCAGAUCCCAGCAAGGAACCGGCCAAGAAGAAGAAGAAAGGCAGGAGGAGGGAGGCGGCCACUCAGAGGCUACUGGCCGCGGGAAACAAGAUCAAACACGUCUUCCUCUCUGGCGUUCAGAGCGUUUACGGGCCGGCUCAGGGCUUCUUCAGCGAUAUUCUCCAGGCUGAGUAUCGGGCGGCCACCGACGUCUACGCCCUCAUGUUCCUGACCGACGUCAUCGACUUCAUCAUCGUCGUCUUCGGCUUUUGGGCUUUUGGGAAACACAGCGCAGCGGCUGAUAUCGCCUCCAGUCUGUCGGAGGACCAGGUUCCCGAGGCGUUCCUGGUGAUGCUGCUCAUCCAGUUCAGCACCAUGAUCAUCGACAGAGCCCUGUACCUGCGCAAGGCCGUCCUGGGAAAACUCAUCUUCCAGGUGAUCCUUGUGUUUGGCAUCCACCUGUGGAUGUUCUUCAUCCUGCCUGCUGUCACUGAAAGGAAGUUCAAUCAGAACUUUGUGGCCCAGCUCUGGUACUUUGUCAAGUGCAUUUACUUCGGCCUGUCAGCCUAUCAGAUCCGCUGUGGGUACCCCACCCGUAUCCUCGGCAACUUCCUCACCAAGAAAUACAACCACCUCAACCUGUUCCUAUUCCAAGGGUUCCGUCUGGUGCCGUUCCUGGUGGAGCUGCGAGCGGUGAUGGACUGGGUUUGGACUGACACAACUCUGUCCCUGUCAAACUGGAUGUGUGUGGAGGACAUUUACGCCAACAUCUUCAUCAUCAAAUGCAGCCGCGAGACAGAGAAGAAAUACCCACAGCCUAAAGGGCAGAAGAAGAAGAAGAUAGUGAAGUACGGCAUGGGCGGACUCAUCAUCUUCUUCUUGAUCUGCAUCAUCUGGUUCCCGCUGCUCUUCAUUUCCCUGGUCCGAUCGGUGGUGGGCGUGGUCAACCACCCGAUCGAUGUUACAGUGACGGUCAAGCUCGGAGGAUACGAGCCCCUGUUCACCAUGAGCGUGCAGCAGCAGUCCAUCCAGCCCUUCACGGAGGCCGAAUACGAACAACUCACUCAGAAGUUUGGGGACAAUGCGGUAGCCAUGCAGUUCAUCACCCUCUACAGCUACGAGGACAUCGUGACGUCCAUGAUCGAAGGAAGCUCGGGAUCCGUCUGGAGGAUCAGCCCCCCCAGCAGACAGGAAGUCAUUAAAGAGCUGCUCGGAAGUCCCGUCGACCUGACACUACGCCUGGCCUGGACUUUCCAGAGGGACCUUGGUAAAGGAGGGACGGUGGAACACACCUUCGACAAAUACUCUAUAGACCUGGAACCCAGCAACCCAGUCAGAGCAGAUCUGGCCUCGCUACUGGUCGGCAAUCGCACUGAGCCCGUGCUUGUUCCUAAUAUGUUCCCCAACUACAUCCGUGCUCCCAACGGAGCUGAAGCCAAACCCGUCGGUCAACUGUUUAAAGAUAAUGAAGCUGGUUACCUGAAUAUAACCCUGUCCCUGAUGAGCGACGGGUCACUGAACGACAGCAGGAAUCAGGAGUGGUGGGACAUCGCCAUCGCGGGCUGCGCCCCCGCUUCAUGUGGAGUUCUGCCCAUGGUCAUAUUCAAUGACAAAGUCAGUCCGCCCAGCCUGGGCUUCCUGGCUGGAUAUGGGAUCAUGGGUCUGUACGUGUCCGUGGUCUUAGUCAUCGGGAAGUUCGUGCGCGGCUUCUUCAGCGAGAUCUCGCACUCCAUCAUGUUCGAGGAGCUGCCCUGUGUGGACCGCAUCCUGAAGCUCUGCACAGACAUCUUCCUGGUGCGCGAGACCGGAGAGCUGGAGCUGGAGGAGGAACUUUACUCAAAACUCAUCUUCCUCUAUCGAUCGCCGGAGACAAUGAUCAAAUGGACCCGGGACAUCCACGGCCGAGAGCACGACAGAUACUGACUGGUUAUGUUCGGCUGUGACAGAACACAGUGAUAUCUGAAGCGCAUCGCAAAGACGCCCGAGGGGAAAGCUCACGGAAAGCUUCACUGGGACACUCCUUUCUUGACUUACAGCCAAGGACACGCAUGAAAGGAGAAAUACACUAAUGGAUCGAGCGGAUGAAACGUCUCCUGUUGCUUCUCCACAGCGGCCCGGGCACUUUCAUCCCACCACCGUACACUACAGACUAUUGGGAGUGGAAUCGCGGUCCAGCUGCAGGUGGGAGCGAUGGCAGCUGGAUGCCUGCGGCUACAACGUCCCUGGAAGUCAGAUUGAACAUUGGUCGGAUGGUUUAAAGGUCAAACACAAGAGGAAUUUCCCUCCUGACGCCUCCCACGGCACCCAGGUGGAGAGACAAUGUGGCGGGAGACCUGAAAGUAAUCGUAGGUUUAACCAAGCUGGAGUCUGCAUCCGUAUGCUGAUUGAUUUUUUUUUUUUUUUUUUAAACAACAGAAAGCUGUCAAUCAAAUGUCUUGAAAAUCCAUCACUCUUGUAAAAUGUGACCAGCACGCUCUGUAGCGACCAUGUUUGUUUGACUCUUUCUGAUGUAAAGGGCCAUUUUAAGGUUAUUUUAUGCCUCACGAGAUGUUGCCCACGUGUCCCGGGGUUCAGGGGGCAAUGGCGAUAAGAUAAGGUUGGUGAGAGAACUGUCGAUCGGGUUUCUGGAAAAAGCUACGUUGGUGAUGGCUGCAUUUAGACACUUUAAAAGCCAAAGUUCAUUUCCGUUCAAUUAAAACACUUAAUUUAUCCCCCAGUGGGGCAGCUAGUGCCGCAUACACAACACAAACACACAUACAACCGUUAAUUACAGUCCAAUGUUUGAUUUUAACGUGUCCAGGUCAAAUGUAGAGAGGAAAAAAAAGAAGUCAUUUUAUGAUCAACCAUUGAAAUUAUUUUGGGUUUAAGUGCUGGUUCUCUGUUGGCACAGUAUUUGCAACAUUUACAACUAGACCACUCAACAAAAACACUGAAUACAAAGUGAAUAUAUUGAUUGAAUAGAUAAAGAGUCACUGGCCUCUGGAAUGAUGGGCUGGACUCAUCACUUACCUAAUUUGUCUCAGACAUUUGUGUCCCAUGAGCCCCUGUCCUCACCCCCUCGACUGAAUUUAUUUUUCCCCGUUGUUAUUCCCUCGUAGAUUUAAAGAAAAUAUACAGUGUUCCACUAACUUAUUGGAUGUCGCGAUAUAUAGAUCAUUUUUGUAAAAUUGUCAACGUGUCGAUGGUUCAACAUGCUGCACGUGUACAGAACAGUGAUGAUUGAAAAUUAUGUGGCCAAAUCAUGUGAAGUAAAUCUCACCAGGCUUGAGUUUUGAAUGGCCCUCUGUGCUAUAACACAAUGGUAAUGUAGAUGUUAAAACAGUAUGUGACUGAAAAAGAAUAUCAAGAAUUAUAUUUUUCAAUCAGACGUAGCCAAGGAACAACUUACGUCCUCCUCACACCCGACAGUUGCUCUGACUGGUUGGUUGUUACUGGGGGGGAUUCAUUGUGGGUCUCUUGGUUUCGUGGUCAUUUGUGUAAUUGCAGAUGGGUUUGGGAAUAUGAACCACUAAAGACAAAAAUAUUAAAUGAUCAUGGCCUUAAAGUGGGUCCUGUAUUAUUAAGGUGUGUCAAAAUUGACAUGGUGCAUAUUCCUGAAUAAAAGUCUUCCUACAGGGGCCCUCGGCUCAUUCUUGUCCCUGGGCCCCUGAAAGGUCAAUCAA